ACAGUGCCAAACAAACAAAAAAACUCGUUUACACUUCUGUUAUUGGAAUAAAAGCGCAGGACUAGUGCUGUGUAAACAAACAUUGUUCAAAUGAUAUUGAUGUUAUUGUGUUUUUUACUACAUCAGCAUAGAUAACAUUUGUAUUAUACAAUAUUCCAGUUCCUGUAUAAUUUUCCGUAAUUUUCUUUUUGUUACAUAAAUAUGUAUUAAAUAUUUUGCUAUUGAACAUAUAUUAUUACAUAACAUAUGAAUGUAACUGGAACUCCAACAAUUUCAUUAAAUACAUAUAACAUACAUUAAUUUUAGAGGUUAAGGAUCAAACUUAAUUCCAAGUUUGGAAAAUUUUAGUGUUACGUGACUACUGCUCGAAGCACUAUGGCAGAAGGACCCAAUCCUUUUGACAAAUAUUUAAAAACAUUAGAAGUAAAUGGAAAACAGUAUAAAUACUAUGACAUUGCUCAACUUCAUCCCAAUUAUGAUCGUUUGCCUUACUCCAUAAGAAUCCUUUUGGAAUCAGCUGUUAGAAAUUGUGAUAACUUUGCCAUCAAAGAAGCAGAUGUUGAAAAUAUUUUAAAUUGGGAAAAAAAUCAAAAUGUUAAAGGGGGCAUUGAAAUACCUUUUAGACCUGCUAGAGUUAUUCUUCAGGACCUUACCGGUGUACCAGCUGUGGUGGAUUUUGCAGCUAUGAGAAACGCCAUCAUGGAUCUGGGAUCAGAUCCACAGAAAAUAGAUCCAAUAUGUCCUGUAGAUUUGGUUAUAGAUCAUUCUGUACAAGUGGAUUUUACUAGAUCGGGCGACGCUUUGCAAAAAAAUCAAGAUCUGGAAUUUGAACGUAAUCAAGAGAGGUUCGAGUUUUUGAAAUGGGGAGCAAAAGCUUUUAAUAACAUGCUCAUUGUUCCACCAGGAAGCGGUAUUGUUCACCAAAUCAAUUUAGAAUUCUUAGCUAGAGUUGUAUUUACUGAUGCAAAUGGUAUCUUAUAUCCAGACACUGUGGUUGGCACAGAUUCACAUACCACCAUGAUUAAUGGUUUGGGAGUUGUAGGUUGGGGUGUAGGAGGUAUUGAAGCUGAAGCUGUUAUGUUAGGUCAAUCAAUUAGUAUGUUAUUACCUGAAGUUGUCGGUUACAAGCUCUAUGGUGAAUUAAAUGAAUAUGUUACUUCUACUGAUCUUGUUCUUACUAUAACUAAGAAUUUACGUCAAUUGGGAGUUGUUGGAAAGUUUGUUGAAUUUUAUGGACCAGGUGUUGCUGCUCUAUCCAUAGCCGACAGGGCCACCAUUGCAAAUAUGUGUCCUGAAUAUGGAGCCACAGUUGGACAUUUUCCAGUAGAUGAAAACUCUUUGGCAUACUUGAGACAAACAAAUCGUUCUGAGGAGCAAAUUAAAGUUAUUGAAGCUUACCUACGAGCGACAAAACAACUAAGAAACUAUACUUCAGAAUUAUCGGAACCGAUUUUUAGUUAUAACGAAGGAUUGGACUUAUCUACAGUAGAGUCUUCUGUUAGUGGUCCCAAGAGACCCAACGAUAGAGUUUCUGUUGUUAACAUGAAGCAAGAUUUUUUGAACUGUCUAUCUAAUAAGAUCGGUUUUAAAGGUUUCGGGAUCCCCCAAAACAAAUUAAACACCUCCGCCAAAUUUAUGUACGAUGGCACCCAAUAUACAAUACGUCAUGGUAGUGUCAUAAUAGCUGCCAUUACUUCUUGUACAAAUACUAGCAAUCCAAGUGUAAUGCUUGGUGCUGGUUUGCUCGCCAAAAAUGCCGUAGAUGCCGGUUUAACAGUUGCGCCUUACAUUAAAACGAGUCUCUCACCCGGAUCUGGUGUAGUAACAUACUAUUUGACAGAAUCAGGAGUCAUUCCUGCAUUGGAGAAGCUAGGAUUUGCUAUUGUAGGUUUUGGUUGUAUGACCUGUAUUGGUAACAGUGGUGGUAUAGACGAAAAUAUUGUGAAUGCAAUUGAAGAAAACGAUUUGGUUUGUUGUGGCGUCCUAUCUGGGAAUAGAAACUUUGAAGGUCGUAUUCAUCCGAAUACUAGAGCUAAUUAUUUGUGUAGUCCCCUGUUGGUAAUAGCUUAUGCGAUUGCCGGUAGAGUCGAUAUUGAUUUCGAAAAAGAACCUCUAGGUAAACGAUCCGACGGUAGUGACGUCUACUUAAGGGACAUUUGGCCUACCAGGAAAGAAAUUCAAGCCGUUGAACAGAAAUAUGUUAUUCCCGCUAUGUUUAAAGAGGUUUAUGGGAAAAUUGAGCAAGGAUCAAACAAUUGGCAAAAAUUGCAGGCACCUACUGGUGUCUUAUAUCCAUGGUCAAGUGCUUCUACUUACAUUAAAAAACCACCAUUCUUUGACGGAAUGACUUUGACACUUCCUGUAAGAAAACCUAUACAGAAUGCCAGAGUUCUUUUAUUGUUAGGAGAUUCUGUUACUACAGAUCACAUCAGUCCUGCUGGGUCUAUAGGAAGGACCAGUCCUGCUGCAAGAUAUUUGGCCCAACGAGGCUUGACACCGAAAGAUUUCAAUUCUUAUGGUUCUCGACGUGGAAACGAUGACGUUAUGUCGAGAGGUACUUUUGCUAACAUCAGAUUAGUUAAUAAAUUCAUUGCCAAAGCUGGACCUAGAACUCUCUAUUUACCAACUAACGAAGAAAUGGACAUUUUUGAUGCUGCUCAAAGAUACAUGAAAAAUGAAAUACCUCUUAUAAUUAUUACUGGCAAAGACUACGGGUCUGGUUCAAGCAGAGACUGGGCCGCAAAGGGUCCAUACUUAUUGGGAGUACGAGCAGUGAUCGCAGAAUCCUUUGAACGUAUCCAUCGUUCGAAUUUAGUAGGGAUGGGUGUGAUACCUUUCCAGUUUCUUCCCGGACAAACUGCCCAACAGCUUGGUUUAACAGGCAAAGAAAGUUAUACGUUCGAUCUUCCUCCAGAUUUAAAACCAGGCCAAAAUAUUAAAGUAUCUACAGACACUGGAAAAAUGUUUGAAGUUAUCUUGAGAUUCGACACCGAAGUAGAUUUAUUAUUCUACAAACAUGGAGGCAUAUUGAAUUAUAUGGUUAGAAAGAUGGCUAGCAAAUAACUUGUAGAUAGGAGAAGGAAAUGGUGAUGGUGUGAGCAAUAUUAAUAUGAAGCAACAUACGUUGAUGGAUAUUGUCAACUUUAAUUUUAUACAUGUUUGAUUUUAUAUUAUCUAUAUGUUUUAAAAAGAAAUGUUUGUUGAUGAUUUGGUUAAUAAAGAUAUGUGCUUUCAA